UCCACCUUUAAGAUAACUGAACUACUUUUCUAAAGCAUGCUUUAUUUCUUAGCUUUUGUUGCAUCGUUGAAGACUCUGAAGGACCAAACUAAGGAGGAGCAUUUUCCACAGCAUGAAAAAAAGAAAGGUGACCACAACAAAGAGGAGAUUCUGUGGGAUGAAGUUUUUCCAGGCUCCUGCCGUACUUGCAUGACUAUUGUGUCCAGAGUGCAGAAGCAGAUUGGAAGUGAUAAAUCAAAGGACAAAAUCAGGAGGCUGUUGGAUGGUGCCUGUAAUAAACUGAAAUUCAAUUUCCUAAAGUCGGCCUGCAGAAAGAUCUUGAAAACAGUAAAAAACAAGUUGAUUGACGCCUUGACCAACGGCAAGUCUGCCAAGACCAUCUGCACUAAUCUGAAACUCUGCAAGGCCACCUUUUUAUAAAGUUCUGAAGAACUUGUGAUGCUUCAACUGUUUGUGUUAAUAACACAAGCCUGUGUUCAUGUUUUCUUGCUUUUUCCC